AUGCCCACUCAUCCGUUCCGACUGCCAACAGUCGACUUCGUCUACGUCCUGCAGAUCCUUCGUUUGCCCGACCCCUACCGUACCAUCUCGGUGGUGGAAGGUUUGCAGCUCAUGAUCGAAGCCCUGCCUUGUCUUCAGUAUGUACAAUACGAGCCUUGGCGAGGGGUGAACGACGCCCGGCAGUACCACAUGAUCACCCAGUACGGUGCGUUCAUCACCGUUAUGUCUCACUGUAAACAUCUGAGGAGAGUGCAUAUAUUCGAACCCGUCACAUCCACUAUGAGCUCGGGGCUGAAGAUCCGCACCGAAGCGCUGGGGCUUGGGCCCCUCUUGGCGAGAAGGAGCGCUGCGCUUGAGGCCCUGAUCGUCUGCUUCGCGGUCAACGCCAUGCACUUCUUCUGGGACUUGAGGCCGACUUCGGGGUUGAAUCUGGCAGACAGGCUCUAUUGGGCGAAUCUGAGGGAGGUCUUACUCACGUCCGACGAGCUGCAGCCGAGGUCCCCCUCGACGGUACAGGUGAUCGAUUGGGCCUCACGGGCUGUAGCGAGGAUGCCCCAGAUCCAGAUCAUGGAGAUAUUCAACGUGGAAACAAGGAAACAUGUACUGAACCCCCACGCGACCAUCUUCGCGUACGUCGUGCUCGGGCCCGACCAAUUUCCCGCAAUCAUUGUGUCGAGCACCUGGGGUUGGCGGCUCCAGAGUACCGAGAUAUGGCCCUGGGCCCACGUUGCAUCGAUGGAUCCGCGCACGCGCGCUGAGCUGAGAGUCCAAUACGUUGACCUGAAGAGAGAGGAUUUACCGCGCACAAAUUCAGUGUUUUGCCAUCUGGCCAUGUGCGACGUCGUUCGGACGCGAAAGACAACGAGGGGCGUCCGAAAAUUACUAGAAUAG